AUGGAUGAGGAGUGUCUUCAGGACGAGCUGCACAUUUUUAAAGGUAAAUUUCUGCAAAGCUUCCCCUUCAAGCCACUGCCCCCAGGAGAGAGUUAUCAGAGGGAAUAUUUUCACAUCUGUUUCUGUGUUUGUUUUAAAGACAGAAACUUUUUCCAGCAGAAGCUGAGAUCUUUUUUCACGGUAUACUUGCUUCUGGCACUCUCUUUCUUGCUGAUCAUCACCCUGUUUGCUGUGUCACUCUCCAGAGUUUCAGCCCUUUCUUCUAAAGUCCAUGAGGUGCACCUGGAACAGAAACAGAACUAUUCUGGCACGGAUUUUCUGUUGUUUCCCUGUGGUCCUGGAUCCAGAGAGUGGGAAUACUUUGACAAAAAAUGUUACUACUUCUCCCUGCGUAAAAUGAGCUGGCACAAGGCAAAGGCUGAGUGUGAAGAGAUGCAUUCACAGCUGGCUAUCAUUGACAGCUAUGCCAAGCAGAAUUUUGUCAUGUUCAGGACAAGGAACGAACGCUUCUGGAUUGGGCUCACAGAUGAGAACUUGGAAGGAGAAUGGGAAUGGAUCGACGGGACUGACUACAAAACCUCAUUCACAUUCUGGAAGGAAGGAGAGCCCAACAACAGUGGUAACGAGGACUGUGCCCACAUCUGGAACUUCGGGCAGUGGAAUGAUGUCUACUGCAGCUAUGAGUGCUACUACAUCUGUGAAAAGCCUGUGCCCACAUGA